AUGAAGAAAAGCAAUAAAAGUGCCACUAUCAGUUAGCCCAUUCUGUUUAAUUAAGCAACUUAUUCUGCUGAUCAGGAUGAAGUUAAGAUGAGUGAAAAUUAAAUUUACUAAGGUUAGGUUUCAAAUAAAAAUAGGGAAAGCCAAGAUAAAAAUAACUUUUAACAGCAAUUAGUCAAUAGAAAGUAAAGCAAUGAAUAGUUAUUAACAGCGAAUACUCCAACAAAAAGUGCAUACUUGUCUUAGCCAUUCGGUAAGGAUUAAUAUAGCACAUCCUCAUAUAGAUCUCUUUUGAUAUCUAGCAGAGAUACCAUUAUGAGAAAAAAGAACUCUUAAAAUAAACCAGGUACUGCAGCAGGAUCUAUGAAUUUAUAAAAAAAUAAUGGAUUUAUCACAGAUCGUUUUACGAUGAGUUAAACUAACGGAUUUUUAUUCAACUAAAACAAAAGUAGAGCUUCUAGAGACGUCUCUUCCUAGAAUGGCGUAAAAAAGAAUUACUAAUUAAAAGAUGGCUACCUUUCUACUAAUUAGGUUGUUAGUUAAGCAAAUUAGAAUAUAAAUAAAAGUAAAAGUAAUACUCUAUCAUAGAAUGAUUUUUGUCAAAUGUUUUAAAAGUAAAACUAUGACGGAAUGGCUUUAGAAGAUUACUUUAAUCAAAGAGAAAAUUUUUAGACUGAAGCCAUUCAAAUUGCAUCACCUAAUCAGCCUAAAUAACUUUCUUCUUAGCAAAAUAGAAAGCAAAAAAAUAUGUAGAACUUAUCAAAUAGUUAAGCAGCUGUAUUUUCACAAAUUAAUAAUAACUAUUAGUAAUUAAACUAAUCUCCUGAAAUAGCAACUGCGAUUUUUUAAAAAAACCAACAAUCAAACGCAUUUACUAACUAGAUAAUGGGCUCCUCAAUGUACUAAAGUACAUUAAUAUAACAAUAAAUUAAUGAGCUAUGUUAAAACUAUCAACAUGUUGAUCUAACAACUCUAAAAAACAUACUUGUUAAUCUUAUAUAGAGGGAAGAAGAAAUGCUUAGGGUUUUGACAAGUCGCUGCUCUGGAGUAAAAGAAUUAGCAGAAAUGAUUUAUGCAGAUAUUCCCUUACCAAUGUAGCAAAAUUAAAAUCAUGUCAUGAGUAACCCCAAAUCAAUAGAUUAAUAACAAAGUCCAAAUAAUUGUGUCAAUUCUUCUUAUUAUGAUAAUACAACCCCAAUAGCAAAUAAUAAUUAACAGAUCCUAAACUAAAACAAUAAUUUAAAUAUAUUAACAGGAUAGCCUGUUAAUGACCUAGCUAAAAUUAGAGAUGCUCUAUUCUCACUUUCCUAAAGUUUAGUGAGUGCAUCAUAAAAUGAAAUAAACCUAGGCAGCAAAAACAGAGAAAUAGAAAGAAUGAACUUAGAGAUAAGUUAGCUAAAGAAAUCGAUCUCAGAUUACAAAGAAAAAAAUAUAAACUUGCAAAAGUUGAUAGAGCUUCUGUAAAAUAGAGUGAAAACAUUCUAAGAAGAUAACAAUAGAAUGCUAAUUCAAAUGAACAUAGAAAAGAAGUCAGCCCAAGUAAAUUCAAAAAAAGUUACGAAUUUAGAAAAGAGAGUUGAAUUUAUUCUCGAGAAUGACAUAAACACCAAUCUAAACCCUAAUGACAAGCUGAGAUAGACCUUGAAUGAGUUACUGAGAGAAAACGAAGCUUUAAAGCGUGACUUGAAUCAUAAGAACUAAGAUAUUGAUAGAUUAUAAGGCUAACUUAAAAAGCUCAACUCUCAUUUAGCUAGGGCCAAUAAAAAAAUGGAAAAUAUGAAACAAAACCCAGCUUUUAACUCAUAAACCACUCCUGUCUAAAAUCCUCCCUCAUAACAAACAGAAAACAAGCUAAGUUCUAUGUUCUAAAAAGAUGAUAUUGAACUGCUUAAGAAUUUUAAAAUUCCCCAGAAUUUAAAUUUCAGAGUUGUUAGUUUAAGAUCUGACCAAUCUAUUUUAAUGUCAGAUAUUAUUGAGUUGGGUUCACAUGCUUUUUCUAGAUAGAUUUUAGGUUUAGAGAAUCCUGAAUAAAAAAAGUAAAUGGUUAACUUCAUUACUUCUUAGCUGACUUCAUACAAAGAUUUAAGUGAUAAAUUGAAUCAAAUUAUUAAUCACGCAUACAAUAUGAGUACAUUAGAAACAUUUGAAGAUCUAUCAGUCCAUGUAAGCACACAUUUUCCAUCUAUCUUUAGUGCUUAGAGAGCUAAUCUCUGGGUAGUAGACAAGUAAUGUGGCAUAUUCUAAUCCUUCUCAGAGCAAGGUAGUGGAAAUAUAGUUACUUCCAAGUGCUUGCUAAAUAAAGGAUUAAUCAACGAUACAUUUUUAUUAAGAGUUCCAAUUAAUUCUAAAAAUUCUCAAAACAAACCUUUGCUAUACAAAAUAGAUUAUCAAAGAGAGGAAUGUGAAUUUGUCAAUUCAACCCUACUCAUCCCAGUAUUUUGCAACAAAGAAAGAUAAUAAGUAAAAGCAAUACUUGAAAUAAGUAACUCAUAAAGUGAAAUAUUUAGCUUCGAUGAAGAAUAUUAUGGAAUCAUACUCAGCUAUUUCCUUACUUCUAUUUUUAGUAGCAUCAUAAAUUAAAAAAUAUUUGAUAUCGACUGCAGGUAUAAUACUUUGCUUUUUAACUCAUACGAAUAGCUAAGUUAGUAAAAGACAAGAUUUAAUUUUACUCAAAAAGUAAAAAUGCUGGUUUAAUAGUUAUUUAAUAUAGAUAAUUCACACUUUUAUUUUGUUGAAAAUGAUCAUCUGAUUUCCUACAAUAAACCAAAUUAACAAAAAGAUCAGUUUUCUUUAGAACAUGGUCUGGCAGGUAUCGUAGCAAAAGAAAAAAAAUCAUAUAUAAUUCAUGAUAUUCGUAGUAGCAGCUAUUUUAACCCGCUUGUGGAUAUUUCAUCGCUUCUACCAAUUUAUGCUAUUCCUUUAAUAAAUAAAACAAAUAGUGAUGGUUCAGAUGAACAAAAAGAACCAGUUAUUGGUGUAAUAGAAAUAGUUCUCAAAUCAAAAUUAAAGUCAAAGCUUGAAAAAGAAGCUAUUAUAGAUUCAGAGGAUGGAUACUUUGGGUUAGAUGAACCUCAAACUCAUAUCAUAUAAAAGUUUUCCAAGCUUGUUAUUAAUACCUUAUUAAAUAACUAAUUUAUUGAUUGA